AUGAAUUUUAUGGGCAGAAAGAGCGAUGUCAAGCCAGAGGACGUGGCCAACAUCCCGCCCGAGCUAUCAGACCUACACUGCUUGACGGAAACAGGCGGGGUCAUCACCACCACAAUGUUUGACAUCUCCGGAUACCGCGUAGUCCGCACCCUCGGCGCGGUGUACGGCCUGUCGGUGCGCUCGCGCAACAUCGCCGCCAGCCUGGGCAUGGUGAUCAAGUCGUUUGCGGGAGGGGAGCUGCGGUGGUUCACGACGAUGCUGUACAACUGCCGCAACGACGCGCUGGGGCGGGUGGUGAGCGAGUGCAAGCAGCGCGGCGGCAACGCCAUCAUCUGUCUGCGGUUCGACGCCUCGGACUUGGGUGGGUUCGCGCAGACGUGCGCGUACGGGACGGCGUGUGUGGUGGAGAAGAUUGAGGAAGAUAGGGCUGUUGCGCCGCAGCUUGCUGGCGAGUAA